AUGAAAAGAUUUUUUUUAUUUUCAUAAAAAUUCUUUAAUAAUUUCAAAUCUUCAAAUACACCCAAAAUAAUAGCUUUAGGAUUAUUAUAUUAAUUUAACUAAUAAUAUAAAAAUUGGAAUAUAGUACAUGCUGAAAACUCAGAUAGAUUUGAUUCAAAACUUUAAGAAUAAUUCAAAAGAAAAAUACCAGAAUUAGAUAACUUUUUUGAUAAUGUUAUUCUUUUUACAGGAAAUGCAAAUCCUGAACUUUCUUAAGAAAUUGCUAAAAUACUUGGAAUUUAACUUGGUGCAUGCACAGUUGGAAGAUUUACUGACGGAGAAGUUAAUAUUCAAAUAAAUGAAAGUGUGAGAGGUAAAGAUGUUUAUUUAAUUUAACCUACAUGUGCCCCUGUAAAUGAAAAUUUAAUGGAAUUACUCCUUUUAGUUGCAACUUUAAGAAGAGCAUCAGCCAGAAGAAUUAAUGUUUUAGUUCCAUAUUACGGUUAUUCUCGUUAAGAUAGAAAAACAUCUGCUAGAGUUCCAAUUAGUGCAGCUGAUGUAGCUAGAUUAUUAGAAAUUGUAGGAGUAGAUAGAGUAAUAAGUAUAGACUUACAUUGUGGAUAAAUAUAAGGAUUUUUCGGACCCAGAGUACCUGUAGAUAACUUAGAAGCAAAUUUAGUAGCACUUAAUUAUUUUGUUUAAUAAACUGAUUUAACCUUAAAUAAUAUAGUGGUUGUUAGUCCUGAUGCAGGUGGUGUGGCCAGAGCAAAAAAAUUUUAAGAAAUAUUAAAUAAAAAGGCCAAUAAUGAAUGUACACUUGCUAUGAUUAUUAAAUAAAGAGAAGCUCCAGGAAAAAUCGCUUAAAUGAAUCUUGUAGGAUCUGUAGAAGGAAAGAAUGCAAUUAUUAUAGAUGACAUGAUUGAUACUGCUGGAACACUUUGUGAAGCGGCUAAAACUCUCAAAGAAUUUGGAGCUAAAAGUGUUAGUUGUUUUGCUACUCACGGAUUGUUUUCAGGAAAUGCUUUAAAUAAUAUUAAAAAUUCUAAAUUAGAGAAAAUUAUUGUUACUAAUACAACACCGAAAAAACCAGGAGAGGAAGAAAUUGAUAAAAUUACAAGACUUUCUGUGGCUCCUAUUUUGGCAGAAACAAUUUAUAGAGUUUAAAAAAAGUAAUCUAUUGCAGAUUUAUUUAAUAGAACAAACAUUAAAUGA